AUGGACCACAAUACAACCGACACUAAGCCGUAUCCUCGGUACUGGCUCAUCACAGCGGCACGGACUGCCUCGAAUAUGCUCGUCACGAUGCUCAACCUGGAGGAGCAGAAUGUCGCUCUCCUGCGUCAUGGCGGCUACUUCUUCUUCCCGUCCGUUUUCAAGCGGUUCCCUCUCCUCUUUGGCAAAGGUCCCAUCGAUUUAUGGACGGAUCAAGAGAGGGCAGAAGUGGACGCGCUCUCACAAGAGAUCUUUGACAGGAUUCAAGACCAUAUAGAGGCUAGCGAGAAGAGCGGCAAGACCAUAUUCGUCAAGGAACACGCGCUUUUCAUGAACGAUCCGAGAAUCGAAUCGGACUUUCUGCACAGGAACUCAGCGAGCAGGAGCAAGAGCAAUGGCGACAAGAGUGCCCAGACAAGCCGCCACGAAGACCUCAGUGUCCUGUCCUGGCGCGGCAGUUCGCAUGGCACUCGUUCGAAGCAUAACCUGACCGUGUUCCCGGACGAGUUUCUCCACACAAUCACGCCCACAUUCCUCAUCCGCCACCCGGCCAUGAUGAUUCCAUCAUACUACCGCACUGCCCUAGACCAGGUCAAGCUGGGCACCAUCGUCAGGCCUGACUCGAUGGCUGGCGGGCCCUCGGAGAUCGAGGCUUCGAUACACUGGAACCGAGCCCUGUACGAUUUCUACACGGAGUAUUUCGCCGCGAUCGGGCAUGAGCCACCCAUGGUCCUCGAUGCAGACGACAUCAUGAUCUCAGGAAAUACACUUGUGCCGCAGUACGCCAGCCUGGUUGGCCUUGAUCCAAGCAAGAUUCGCCUCAACUGGGAAAAAGGCGCAGUCGAUGAUGGCAAGCUCGCCCCUAUAGAGAGGCGUAUGCUGAGCACCUUGCUAGAGACUUCUGGUGUGGACAGGUCCAAAAUCGCCGGAGAGAAUAUUGACAUUGACGCCGAGGCCGCCAAGUGGAGGGAGGAGUUUGGUGAGGACGGUGGCAAGCGGCUUGAGCAAUGGGUGCGCGCCGCAAUGCCACACUACGAGCACAUGCGAGCCGGGCGGAUGCGCCCGGGUGGUGUUUGA